AUGGAGUCUGGUGCUGAUGCGAGGAAUGAUAGAAGAACUGCCGAGGAAAAAGCCAUCGAUGAUUGGCUUCCAGUGACAUCCUCCAGAAACGCAAAGUGGUGGUACUCAGCCUUUCACAAUGCCACCGCCAUGGUUGGUGCCGGUGUCCUCAGUCUUCCUUACGCCCUAUCUCAACUCGGAUGGGGCUUUGGAAUCACAGUACUAGUCCUAUCCUGGGUGAUUACACUCUACACACUAUGGCAAAUGGUGGAAAUGCACGAAAUGGUUCCAGGAAAAAGAUUUGACAGAUACCAUGAGCUAGGGCAACAUGCUUUUGGUGAAAAACUCGGGUUUUAUGUUGUAGAGCCAUUGGUGUUACCAGAAAGCAGCAUCGUCUUUCGAGAAAUCACAACUGCCAACUCAGGUGCUCAUAUAGCAAAUGGAGGUCCUGUUUCUGAUUUUGAUGAAAGAUGGAUCACUUUUACUGCAAUGGAGGUGGUUUCCUCUGAAGUGCCAAAGAAUGUAUCAGUUUCUCCUACAUCUUUGCAACCUCCUGUUCCUGGACAGCUACCACAUCAAGUUGCUUGGAGAUGUGGGGUUCCAGCAUGUAAGUUCCGUCGCCAUAUCUGUGGAGCACCAUCGUUACCAGAUACCGUUGUCCACCAUAAAGCAAUGGCUUCGAAAGGGUCUCAAAUACUCCAGUACUUGCACGAUGACAACCUAUAUGACAACAACAUACUCCUCUACAUAGUCGUCAUCUUGCUAGCCUUAACAAUUUUACUAUACACUUGCUGCUCCAUCCCUUCAAACUUAUCCUCUGCCCCCAACGCCACCAACUCCUCCUCCUUAUCACAGAACCCGUCAUCGGCUCAGACACAGGGCCUUAAUGUUGCCACGAUCAACAGCCUUCCGAUCACAAUUUACCAUCAAAAUCUAACAUUGCCCUAUUUGCAGAACUUCAGUCCGAGUGGGUUACCGGUUCUGAAUCACAGUACUGGACCACCUAUGCUUCCUGGAUCUGGUCCCGGUCCCGCUUCUUCAGCUCCUGGUUCUUCCAAUUCCGUUCAUGGAACUAAUCUUCCCUCUGCUUCUUCCCCUCUUAAUCCAGCUGCCAGGAGGGAAGAUACGGGAUCCCUAGAGCCGAGUCGUUAUCGCCCAACCAUAACACGGUGGUGGCGGAACAAGCAUCACAAAGUGGCGGCACUCAAGGAGUUCCUCCAUACCCAAUCCACCACCAGCAGCCACCACGUCCAAUUUCCCCACAGCAAUCGCCACGCGUGCUCAACCCUAAUUCCCAUCAUUUCCAAGGACCCACCAACCCAACCCUCUAUUUUGAGUGGGAAAAGACCUGCCACCAGUUUAAAUGUCUCAAUUCCAACAAAAAGCGUGCGUACUGCUUCCAGACAGAGGAUUAUAAGUCCAUUCCAUGCUGGAACUUUUGGAAGUGUACAAGCGCCACAUACAAUAGAUGCUUCAAGUGGUGAUACAAAUUCCUUUCAAGAUGAACAAAGUAGUUUACAUGGUGGGUCCCAGAUACCGAAUAAUAUGGAAGUUGAGGAUCCACAUUUGACCACCGAUGGCAACUUGAUUCUAAUUUUCAAAGUGACCAGAAGGAUCACUCAAGAAGGAGACUGGAUGCACAUCAGUUUGAUUCGAAUGGACCGAAGGGGAGAGGCCAACACCCAGAUAUGCUAG